AUGUCGUUCUCAUCCAGUUCAAAACAAGUGUCAUUGCUGAAGUUAUCAACGAUGUUUGCUGCCGCAUGGUUGCCCUCAAGGACAAAUGUCUUCAUCCAUUGUCCCAGAAGCCAUAUAUCAAGUCGUCGUCCGAAUGCUAUUUCGCACACCUUUGUCGUCGAAUUCGCUAGUGCCGCGGAUCGAGAUUACUACGUCCGCAAUGACCCUGUACACCAAGAAUUUACUCAGAGUGUCAGUGGUGUCCUUGAGAAGGCUCAAGUCAUUGAUUUUACGAAUGGUACAUUCGAAAAAUAG